CCUCCUCCGCGCGGCCGCCGAGCCGCAGCCACAGCCGGAGCCGGAGCCGGAGGAGCCCGAGCCGGAGCCGGAGCCGCAGCCGCGCCACCACCACCUCGCUCCCGGCUCGCGCGCCCCGGCCAUGGCUUUCGCCAAUUUCCGCCGCAUCCUGCGCCUGUCCACCUUCGAGAAGAGAAAGUCCCGCGAAUAUGAGCACGUCCGGCGGGACCUGGACCCCAACGAGGUGUGGGAGAUCGUGGGCGAGCUGGGCGACGGCGCCUUCGGCAAAGUCUACAAGGCCAAGAACAAGGAGACGGGCGCCUUGGCCGCCGCCAAGGUCAUCGAGACCAAGAGCGAGGAGGAGCUGGAGGACUACAUCGUGGAGAUCGAGAUCCUGGCCACCUGCGACCACCCCUACAUCGUGAAGCUGCUGGGAGCCUACUACUACGACGGCAUGCUGUGGAUCAUGAUUGAGUUCUGUCCGGGCGGAGCGGUGGACGCCAUCAUGCUGGAGCUGGACCGAGGCCUCACCGAGCCCCAGAUCCAGGUGGUGUGCCGCCAGAUGCUGGAAGCCCUCCGCUUCCUGCACGGCAAGAAGAUCAUCCACCGGGACCUGAAGGCCGGCAACGUGCUGAUGACCCUGGAGGGCGACAUCCGGCUGGCCGACUUCGGUGUGUCUGCCAAGAACCUGAAAACCCUGCAGAAACGCGAUUCCUUCAUCGGAACGCCAUACUGGAUGGCCCCCGAGGUGGUGAUGUGCGAGACCAUGAAGGACACCCCGUACGACUACAAGGCCGACAUCUGGUCGCUGGGCAUCACGCUGAUCGAGAUGGCCCAGAUCGAGCCCCCGCACCACGAGCUCAACCCCAUGCGGGUGCUGCUCAAGAUCGCCAAGUCCGACCCCCCGACGCUGCUCACGCCCUCCAAGUGGUCCGCGGAGUUCCGGGACUUCCUGAAGACGGCGCUGGACAAGAACCCCGAGACCCGGCCCAGCGCCGCGCAGCUCCUGGAGCACCCCUUCGUCAGCGGCGUCACCAGCAACAAGGCCCUGCGGGAGCUGGUGGCCGAGGCCAAGGCCGAGGUGAUGGAGGAGAUCGAAGACGGCCGGGACGAGGGGGAGGAGGAGGACGCCGUGGACGCCACCUCUCCUCUGGGGAACCACACCCCCACCUCUUCUGACGUGAGUGAGGCGAGCCUCGAGGCCAACAAGCCUCUCAAGGAACCCUCUGUCACUCCAGAGCCACCCAGCCAGCCUCAGGACGGGGAGAACGGGCCCCGCCUGCCCUCCGAGGACAGCUCCCCCCAAACCGCCGGGCCCCCGGAGGCGGCCGCUGGGGACGAGAAUGGCCUGGCAGUGCCUGUGCCGCUGCGGAAGUCCCGGCCGGUGUCCAUGGGCGCCAGGAUCCAGGUGUCUGAGGAGGAGCAGGUGGCCGACCAGCCCGGGGACCUCAGUCCGACAGCCGCCCGGCCCCGGAAGACGAGCCAGAGCCGCCCCGUCAGCAGCGCCCUGGAGACCCUGGGCAGCGAGAAGCUGGCCAACGGCAGCCUGGAGCUGCCCGCCCCCGCGUCUCCGUCCAAGAGGGACUCGGACUACGGCAGCCUGUCCGCCUCGGAGAGCAUGGACUACGGCGCCUCCCUGUCCGCGGACCUGUCCCUGAACCGAGAGACCGGCUCCCUGUCCAUCAAGGACUCCAGGCUGCACAAGAAAACGCUCAAGAGGACACGCAAGUUUGUGGUGGACGGCGUGGAGGUGAGCAUCACCACCUCCAAGAUCAUCAGCGAAGACGAGAAGAAGGAUGAGGAGAUGAGAUUUCUCAGGCGCCAGGAACUCCGAGAGCUGCGGCUGCUCCAGAAGGAAGAGCAUCGGAACCAGAGCCAGCUGAGCAGAAAGCACGAGCUGCAGCUGGAGCAGAUGCACAAACGCUUCGAACAAGAAGUCAACGCCAAGAAGAAGUUCUUUGACACGGAGCUGGAGAACCUGGAGCGCCAGCAGAAGCAGCAGGUGGAGAAGAUGGAGCAGGACCACGCGGUGCGCCGCCGGGAGGAGGCCAAGCGCAUCCGCCUGGAGCAGGAGCGGGACUACACCCGGUUCCAGGAGCAGCUCAAGCUGAUGAAGAAGGAGGUCAAGAACGAGGUGGAGAAGCUCCCCAGGCAGCAGCGGAAGGAGAGCAUGAAGCAGAAGAUGGAGGAGCAUGCGCAGAAGAAGCAGCAUCUCGACCGGGACUUCCUGGCCAAGCAGAAGGAGGACCUGGAACUGGCCAUGAAGAAGAUCACGGCCGACAACCGGCGGGAGAUCUGUGACAAGGAGCGCGAGUGCCUCACGCGGAAGCAGGAGCUCCUUCGAGACCGGGAGGCGGCCCUGUGGGACAUGGAGGAGCAUCACCUGCAGGAGCGGCACCAGCUGGUCAAGCAGCAGCUCAAGGACCAGUACUUCCUGCAGCGGCACGAGCUGGUGCACAAGCACGAGAAGGAGCGGGAGCAGAUGCAGCGCUACAACCAGCGCAUGGUGGAGCAGCUGAAGGUGCGGCAGCAGCAGGAGAAGGCGCGGCUGCCCAAGAUCCAGAGGAGCGAGGGCAAGACGCGCAUGGCCAUGUACAAGAAGAGCCUGCACAUCAGCGGGGCGGGCAGCGCGGCCGAGCAGCGUGAGAAGAUCAAGCAGUUUUCCCAGCAAGAGGAGAAGAGGCAGAAGGCAGAGCGGCUGCAGCAGCAGCAAAAACACGAGAACCAGAUGCGGGACAUGAUGGCACAGUGCGAGAGUAACAUGAGUGAGCUGCAGCAGCUGCAGAAUGAAAAGUGUCACCUCCUGGUAGAACAUGAGACCCAGAAGCUGAAGGCCCUGGACGAGAGCCACAACCAGAACCUGAAGGAGUGGCGGGACCGGCUUCGGCCCCGCAAAAAGGCUCUGGAAGAAGAUCUGAACCAGAAGAAGCGGGAGCAGGAGAUGUUCUUCAAACUGAACGAGGAGACCGAGUGCCCGAACCCCACCACCCCCAACAGGGCCGCCAAGUUCUUCCCCUACAGCUCCGCCGAUGCUUCCUAACAGCCUCGCGGGCUGUGGCUGGCCAGCGGGUGGGCCGCUGGGCCCUCCCAUUCUCUGUGAACAAGUAACUCAGGACCCUUCCCUCUUGCUUCCACACCAGCUCGAAUCCAGCCGCUUGCCCGAGUGACCAGUGUUCCUGACUUCUCGCUCACUCACGGAGGUUCGCCUAAUUUUAAUACAUGUCCUCUCUGAACCCCGUGCUCCUUCAAGCAGUCAGUGAUUUGGGCUGUGGGUGUGGUCAGGGUCUGAGAGGAAUGAGUGUGCUGUAGCCUUGAGGCCCCUCCUGUUUGCCAAAACACCAGUUUUUGCUGUCUGUGGGUGCAAAGUGCUGCCGCUGCAGUCGCCAUGGGCUCUCCCAUUGGCUGCAAUUCUUGGUGGCUUUUCAGCCAUUGCCUGCAGUGUCAGACAAGAAUCAUGGCUCCUAAUAGCCAGCUGCUCAGGGGGUGUCCUCAUUUCUCCACUUUCCAAAUUUGCUUUCCUCUUGAGGCCAUGUCUACAAUGGGAGAGAGCCAGACUUGUUCAUUCUCCUGGUCAAAGGUCUUUCAUGCCAUCCUGUGUCCGCCACUGCCUGCACCCACACUCACACACACGAAGGGCUUGGGCCCUGGCCUCUUGUACCAGGUGGCCUGGAACACAUAUGCUGCCUGAGCCACUGAGUAUGUUAGGUGGAGCCACUGGUAUGGGGCAAAGUGGUAGUGUGUAUUCAGGGACAAAUGGGUGUGCUCACCACCCAACACUUUCACAGCCCAGUCUGUUUCCAUCUCAGUUUGCCCAGGUGAAAUGGGAAGGCUGUCUCCCUCUCCCUCUGCCCUAGUUUAGGAGUCUGGCCUUACACUUCAGAGGUCUGGCAGUCUUCAGGAAGCAAAAACAUCAGGGAAAAACUAAUGCUUUUUGCACCCUCCCCCCCUCCCCCCCCCCAUCCCCGGAACAUGGCAGAAGCAAAGCUGUAGCUCAGACAGAAUCCUGGGCCUUUGGAUCAUCAGUUGGCCUCUCAGAUUCUGAUCCCUGGGGCUGCAGUGUCGAUAACCCAAUGCAGGCAAAUGUUCAAUCUGGCGUUCGGCUUAUUUACAAAGAAAACUUUUUCCACAGUGAUUUUUAACUUGACAUGAAUGGCUUCUUCAGGAAGAUACCUGCUUUAAAGAAACAAGACAGAAAACUGAGGGUGGUUUUGAGAAAUCAUAUGGGCACAUCGAGUCUGGGUGCUAAUCGGCUAGUGACAGUUAAUGCCGCUCCCCAGGAGGGCUUUCUCCUUGAUUCCUUAUGGUUAGGUUCGAAGCUUUGUCUUUCUAAAGCAGAGUCUUCUUAGCACUGGCUGUAAUCCUCUCCUGGAUCUUGCAAAGGGAGAGUCGCCAUUGGAAAGAAGGGACUGGGCUGCCCAAGUCUCACAGAUGCAGCAGAGAUGCUCUGGAGGCCGUGGGAAGGCGAUGGCCCUCAGGUUAGUGAGCAUUCAGCUCGCCUGCUGCGGUAUUUGACCCACAUGGGACACUGGUCCCUUUUGAUUUAGGUGCACAGGUGCUGGAAAAUGUGAACCAGCAGCCAUGUAACACAGAACGCAGACCCAGUUCUGCCAGAGGUCAGUGCUGGUGGAUGGUCAGGUAGGGCUGAUCUGGCUUUGUUUACAGCACAUUGCCUUUUGCAGCCUGGGUGUGAGAGUGAGUAUUAGGUUUUAUGGCUCAGGCAGUCUUUGGUCCUUCCCUACAUGACUUGUCAUUCAUGUUGGAAUCGUGUUCGAGUCGCCGUUUCCCUGCUCAGUGCCACCGGAGCCCUAACAGGUCCCUGUUCUUUCUGGACGGGUCUGGUUGGGCCGCCCAGCCUCACAGUGGAGCCAGUGUGCAUGCCCGCCACGGAGAAGGCCCGCAGUGUCCCUCAGGCCUGUGCUAACGUGUCCUCUGGGACAGGUGAAACUGUCCAUUACAGCCCACUUCUGGCAGAGUAUAUAUAACUAACUUAUGUGUUCCCUUUAUGAAGGAUAGAAGUUAUUUUUGUGUAGUUUACAAACUUUAUACAAGGCUUUUGUAAAAUGUUCUCUGCAAAGUUAACUGCAAGAAUGUAAAUAUGCUUCUAAUAAAAUAACAAAGGGAGAGAC